GAAAAUGGACAAGUCAUUGGCAACGGGAGCCCAAGUGUCAACACAACCCCCAGACACUUGCCAAUAAUUGUGGGUAGCAGCAGUCCGCCCCGAGCUGUCACACCAAAUCCUGACACUAAGCAAACAAGUGGCCGCCGCGACCUGGCCUGUGUAUUGUAACUAUUGUUAGCCGCGCAAUCCCAGCGACUCUCAGUUACACGGACAAUGUCGACGACUCUGCAGCUAAUUAUGUUGACCCUAGUGGGAGUAACAAUUGGUCAAGCCAAUAAUAUAAGCUACAGGCAAGUGCUGGUGCCCGUUCUCAGCCAGUUGAAGGGCGGCGUGGAGCUGCACUUGCGAAGUUCGAAGGAUGGAGAUCACGAUUUUGUGCGGUUUCUUCUGAGGCAGGGCAAAUACUCGAUGAGUAUCAGCCGGACAUUGGAGCUGGACAGCGCAUUACCCCAUCACGUGCUCCUCUUUGCCGGUUUGGAGCAACUGCAGGAGGCUUUUCCCCAACUAACCCCCAGAGGCGGCUUCUACAUACUGGCCCUGGAGAGCAGUGCACCAGCGGAGGAUCCACAGUUGUUGCAGUUUAUGGCGGAGGUCUGGCGGCAUCACAACCACAGUCAGGUCUACUACAUCCAGCUGGACAGAGGUCGUCUGCUUCUUCAUAAUCCUUUUAACCAGAGCAUCGUAUUGGUGGAUGGGACACAGGCUUACACGCAAAUCUAUCAGAAUCUCAACGGCUAUCCCCUGAGAAUCUACAUCUUUGAUUCGGUCUACUCUGCUGUAAUUGGCGAUGGCGCAAACAAAAAGAUCCUGAGCAUCACGGGUGCCGACGCCAAGCUGGCCAAAACGGUGGCCAAGCAGCUGAACUUUACCCCGGACUACAUCUGGCCAGACGAUGAGUUCUUUGGUGGCCGCCGGUCGGAUGGCUCCUACAGCGGUGGCGUGGGUCGUGCCCAUCGCCGCGAGGUGGACAUCAUCUUUACGGGCUUCUUCAUCAAGGACUACCUCUCCACGGACAUUCAGUUCAGUGCCGCCGUCUACAUGGACGAUCUGUGUCUGUAUGUGCAGAAGGCCCAGCGCAUUCCACAGUCGAUUAUGCCCCUGUUCGCCGUCCAUGUUGAUGUCUGGCUGUGCUUCCUGAUGGUGGGUUUCUUUGGAACCCUUUGCUGGCUUUGCCUCAGGGCUCUGAAUAGGGGCCUGGGAAUCCCAAGGAUUUUUGAUGCCCAAAAGUCCAGAGGAAGAAAGGUCAGCAGUUGGAGCUGCGCCCUAAGGAUCUUCAUCGACACAUGGGUGGUCUGGGUGCGGGUGAAUAUUGGUCGCUUUCCGCCCUUCCAUUCGGAGCGCAUAUUUGUGGCGUCGCUGUGCCUGGUGAGCGUCAUCUUUGGAGCCCUGCUGGAGUCCAGCCUGGCCACGGUCUACAUCCGACCGCUCUACUACCGGGAUCUCAAUACCUUGGCGGAAUUGGACGAGUCCGGAAAGCCCAUCUAUAUCAAGCACCCGGCCUUCAAGGAUGACCUCUUCUACGGCCACGAUUCGGCGGUGUAUCGACGGCUGAACGCCAAGAUGAUGCUGGUGGCCGAGGGCGAGGAGCGUCUCAUCGAGAUGGUUUCGAGGCAGGGCAAAUUCGCCGGAGUCACGCGCUCCGCCAGCCUGCAGCUGAACGACAUCCGGUAUGUGAUGACCAAGAAGGUGCACAAGAUACCCGAAUGCCCCAAGACCUACCACAUAGCCUACAUCCUGCCUCGGCCAUCGCCAUACCUAGAGGAGCUCAAUCACGUGGUGCUGCACCUUGUGGCCGGUGGCCUCAUUCAGCUCUGGACGGGGGAGAUGAAAGAGCGGGCCAAGUGGAGCAUCCAGAGAUUCCCCGACUAUCUGGCCCAGCUGGACGUGGGACGGUGGAAGGUGCUCACCCUCUCGGACGUGCAGCUGGCCUUCUAUUCCCUCACCAUUGGCUGCCUUCUGGCCGGCUCCGUCUGUCUCGUCGAACUGUUUUUCGGUCGCAGAAAGAGAAAAUAA